AUGGGUUUGAAGGAAUCUGCAUCGAUUGACGUUGGAUAUCCGAUCUUAGGAGCCAAAUUUAUCAACAACAAGACUGUGUUGGUAGCGGGAGGUGGUGGAGAGGGAAGCAACGGAAUCCCUAACAAGAUCACCGCCAUCAAGUGCAGUUUUAAAGUUAACGAUGCUAAGCGAAGACUCCAGAAGUUUAGAGAAGUUCUGUUGCCUUCAAAUGAAGAUUCCCCACAAUGUAUCGAUGUGACAAGACUAGUCGACGAGAAUGAGUAUAAUGUGGUUGUUGGAUGUAAUCAGAGUUCCGAAUUGAUCAGGUCAAUGAAUAUUAACAACAACGUGAGAAAAUACAAGUAUAAUAAAGAGGAACAUUUGAUAUUCGAUGAUGCCGCCCAGUUUGAGGAGGAAAUUAGUGGAGACACUGACGAGUACCCAAAAGUGAUUAAAAUAUCGCAAGAUAACACCGUAGGGUGCUUAAUGACAUCAGCAUUGCCUUCUGUCUUGUACUUUUUCAACCCCGAUGCAUUGGAGCUUAAAUUCAAGUACAAACCUCCUACAUAUGACGAGAUCAAGGAUUUUGCCUUGAGUCCAAAGACAGGGACUACUUUGUGUUACAUCACGUCGUCAUCAGUGGUUUCUAUAUCUACCCAAACAAAUUCGGUCCUUGGCACUUCCAAAACCACCCCCAUCGACAAGCAAUUGCAGAAAUACAAUUUGUCGAAAAUCAAAUUUAUUAAUAACCAUGAAGUGGUAAUAUCGGCCAGCGUUAAAGGCGGUAAAGGAGCAGCAUUGUUGAGGUAUGAUUUGACCAAGCAAAAGAUUACACACGAGCAAGUGAUUACAAAAAAAUUGAACAACAUAGUUGCGUUGGACGUUUCUGUUCCACAGGAUUUGGUAGCAUUUGCCGGUAAUGAUUUAAUUGUCUACAUUGUAAAACUUUCUAACUUCAAGUUGUUGCAAACGAUUAAGAAUUUGCAUCCCUUUGCAAUUACCAGUGUGUGUUUUUCACCCAAUGGUACCAAGUUGGCGACAGGUAGUGCAGCAAACAUCUUGAACGUUGUUCGCGUACCGCCUAAAUAUGCAUCGGGAAGAUCAGUUAUUGGCACUGUUUUCCAAUACUUGUUUACAAUAAUAUUAAUUGCAGCGCUUGGAAUUGGUAUUCAAAAGGCUCAUGAAAAUGGCCAGUUGGACGUGGUACUUGAAUUGCUGAAGCAGUACCUGAAAGAUUAUCGAGAGAUUGGAUUGCGUUAUGGAAAAAUCGGCACUGAGUUGGCCGGUGAAUACGGUAAAGUAGGGUUGGAAUUGGCUGAAAAGUAUGGAAAGAGGGCCUAUGAUGUUGCAGAAGAGUACGGCAACAAAUAUGGCUCUAAAUUAGUUGGGCUUUACAAGGAAAAAUUUGAUAAAGAAGAUGUUGUGGCUAGUGUUGGCGAACAAGCAAAGAACACCUUGAACGAUAUCGUGCUGGAGGUGACUAGAGAUUUGCAUGCCGAGACAAUUGAAACUGACUUCAAUAGUGAAACAUUGGAUCAAAUCAAAUUGAGUACUGGGGCUGCCAAACCUUCUGAUACAGUGGAUUCUUCUGGAUCAUUGCUGGUUGAUUUCACUGAUAGUACAUCUUUGUCCGAAACAGAAUCCAGCGUUCUGAGCAUUGAGUCAGAAGCUACAACCAAAGUUGCCUCUAUAUCAACCAAGUCUGCCACCGCCACUGCCACUGCUACUGUCGCUGUUCCCGAGUUUGAGAGUAUACUUGAAGUUGUUAACAAUGCGACAACUGUAAAUGAACCCGAACAUGUCGAAGCCAACCUUGAAGUACAAGAUAGCCCUCAAGAUGAGUCACAUGCUGGUGCUACUGCCGAUGUCGAUGCAAAUGAUGCUAAUACUGAGCAAGAAGAAUAUGUUGACAUCAUUGAGGAAGUGGCUUACGAAGAAUCAGUGCCCGAGGACCAAGCCGAAGCUACUGAAGGGCUCGAAGAAGAAGCAACGGCGAAUUAUCCGAACGAUUCAAGACAUGAUGAUGGUUACGAAGAAGUCGUAGAGGAGGUUGUUGAAGAAGUGGAGCCUACCACGAAUCCUCCAACUGAUGAAGUUGUAUAUGAGGAGGUUGUCGAGGAAGUUGUGGAAGAAGUAGAACCUACAUUAGAGGAAACUGAUGUGGAAGUUGCUGACUUAACUACAGAAGAAAAUGAAUACACCGAGAUUAUUGAAGAAGCUUACGAAGAAGUGUAUGUCGAUUCAGACACGUCGAGCGAUGCACAAGAAGAAAAUACUUUGGAAAGUUCCCAUUACCCUUCACAUCUUGACAAUGACAAUAGCGAAGAAAUAAUCGAAAAAGAGAAGAAUGAAAGUGUGCCAGAAGACGUCGACACUGUAGUGCACUCGGAUAAAAUGUCCGUGGCCGAGGAAAUACAAGAACCAGUGCAGGAGUCAGAACCCAUCACUGGCGAAGCACAAGAGGAGAUUCCAAGUGACGAAUCAGAGAAAAUUGUGUAUGAAUCUAAUGAAGUGAAUUAUGCUGAAAAUGACGAAGAGGUUUUUACAAUUUCCUCCGAGACGAAGCCCGUGGCUGAUGAAGAAACAACGGGGUACAACUCUGAGUCCCCAAUUGAAGCCGAAUAUCCGUCUGACAAUGAUGAAGCAGUACAAGAGGCUCCAUCACAUGUGGCUGAAUAUCACGAGGAUGAAAACACCAGAUCAGAGGAAAUUCAUGUGUCGGAUGUGGUUGAGUCAAAAGAAACUGAGGAAAAAGAAGCUGGCGCUGAUGCCAUUUCCUCUAAAUUAGCUGAAGAACAAGUUGCUCAAAAUGGUGCACCUACAAAACCAAUCGAAGAACAACAGGUUGUUGUCGACGAUGGUCACACAUUACCCGUUGACCUGACAUCUGAGGCUUCUGAUGUGAAAGAAGAAGAAAUUUUCAGUGCACAGUCGGUUGAAGCAGCGUCUGCUUCCGAUAAAGAGGAAAUAGAAUACACACCAGAAGAGCCGGUUUCGCUACAAGAAUCGCAUACGGUAGAAGUAUCAGGGACGGGAGGUGUUGAUCCAACUCCUAAACCAAGCGAAGUGGAAAGUGUUGAAGAACCUUCAGUCUCAAUUUCUACCCCGCUAAGCGACACAACGCAUGUUGAACAGGAAACAUCUUCAUUAAGUCCUGCCGAUGAAGAGGCUAGCACAGUUGAACCCACAAGCAAAAUUGCAGAAGCUAUUGAAAGCCUUGUACAAUCUAGGACAUAUUCAGCACCUUCAAAAUCCGCUAAGAAAGUGACCAGAGUUGUCACAAGAACAGUUAGGAAACCAAAAAGUACUGCACCAACAAGAAAUGCUAGAGAAAAAGAUGAACUUUAG